CCGCGACGGGCCGGAGGCGCCCCGACAGCCGCCGGCGGCCCCGGGCGAUCCCGACGCGCAGGCCCCGGAGCCCGAGCUGCGGCGGGACCGCCAUGGGCCGCUACCGCAUCGGCGUGGCCACCGGCGCCUGGCUCUUCUCCGGGUCGCACAACCGCGUGCAGCUGUGGCUGGUCGGGGCGCGCGGGGAGGCACGGCUGGAGCUGCGGCUGCGGCCGGCGCGGGGCCAGGAGGAGGAGUUCGAGCGCGACGUCCCCAAGGACCUGGGGCCCCUGCAGUUCGUGAAGCUGCGCAAACACCACUCGCUGGUGGACGACGCUUGGUUCUGCGACUGCAUCACCGUGCGCGGCCCCGGAGCCUGCGAGGAGGCCACCUUCUUCCCCUGCUACCGCUGGCUGCAAGGCCAGGACGUGCUGAGCCUGCCCGAGGGCACCGCGCGCCUGGCAGGAGACAAUGCCUUGGACGUGUUCCAGAAGCAUCGGGAGAAAGAGCUGAAGGAGAGACGAAGACUGUACUGCUGGGCCACCUGGAAGGAAGGGUUACCCCGGACGAUAGCGGCAGAACGCCAGGACGAUCUGCCUCCAAACUCGAGGUUCCAUGAGGAAAAGAGGCUGGACUUCGAGUGGGCACUGAAGGCAGGGGCUCUGGAGACGGUCCUCAAGCGCGUUUACACCCUCCUGAGCUCCUGGAGCCGCCUGGAGGAUUUUGACCAGAUCUUCUGGGGCCAGAAGAGCGACCUGGCUGAGAGGGUUCACCACUGCUGGCGGGACGAUGAACUUUUCGGCUACCAGUUCCUCAACGGCGCCAACCCCAUGGUGCUGAGACGCUCCGCCUCCCUGCCCUCCCGGCUGGUGCUGCCCUCGGGGACCGAGGCGCUAGGGGCCCAGCUGGAGAGAGAACUCCAGAGCGGUUCCCUGUUUGAGGCUGACUUCAGCCUGCUGGACGGAAUCCCGGCCAACGUGAUCCGAGGAGAGAAGCAGUACCUGGCCGCCCCCCUCGUCAUGCUCCAGAUGCGGCCCGAGGGGAAGCUGCUGCCCGUGGUCAUCCAGAUCCAGCCCCCCAGCCCCAGCUGCCCCGCGCCCCCGCUGUUCCUGCCCUCGGAUCCCCCGCUCGCCUGGCUCCUGGCAAAGAUCUGGGUCCGCAAUUCCGAUUUCCAACUGCACCAGCUCCAGUAUCAUCUGCUCAACACUCACCUGGUGGCCGAGGUCAUCGCCGUGGCCACCAUGAGGUGCCUCCCAGGGCUGCACCCCGUCUUCAAGCUCUUGAUCCCGCACAUCCGCUAUACCUUGGAAAUCAACACCCGGGCCAGAUCCCAGCUCAUCUCGGAAGGAGGAAUAUUUGAUAAGGCGGUGAGCACUGGCGGAGGGGGCCACGUGCACUUGCUCCGUCGGGCCAUGGCCCAGCUGACCUACAGCUCCCUCUGUCCUCCUGACGACCUGGCUGCGCGGGGCCUGCUGGGAAUCCCAAGUGCCCUCUACGCCCACGACGCCCUACGGCUCUGGGAGAUCAUUGCCCGGUACGUGCAGGGCAUCGUCCGCCUUUUCUACCACAGGGACGACGUCGUGAGAGGGGACCCUGAGCUGCAGGCCUGGUGCCGGGAGAUCACCGAGGUGGGGCUGUGCCAGGCCCAGGACCGAGCCACGCAUGAAGCUUCGGAAUCCCGUUCCGAACUGAAGAUAAUUCCAGAUACCCAGGGACUGUCCUCCGCAGAGACCCUGGCCAUCAAUCUUUACUGCCAUCCCCUAGCCCGAGUCACAGAUGCCCCUAAUCCGCCACAGCACGGGGGCCCGAUAAGACCAGGACCACAGCCAGGGUGGGACGUGCCCGGGUCCCGCUGGGGCUCCCGUGCUCUCCUCGUGGUUAUUUUCCUACAUGCGAUACAAACGGGGUGAGUUUUUCACCGAGGCCCGGGGUCCGGCACUCAGCUUCCCCGCCUUCUCCUCCUGCUUCUGUGCACACGCUCUGGGCGUACUGCACACGCCCACGGUGCACGGUCACAUCUGGGGCACACUCAGCACCGUCCGCGCCUUGGCACAGACCUGAACUCCAUGCACUGCCCCUCGGGGUCCCGGUUCCGAGGCCAAUCGGGCCUCCCUUCCCCUCGGCCGAGAUCUAGCCUCCGCCGUUGGCACCCCCACCUGCGCUUUAACCUCUGGGGAAGACACAGCUUUUCUCAGCCUUUGGCGGGUCCAUCCUCCCUCUCCAGCACACACGGGCCAGCAGGGACCGCUUGAAAUCAUCCUUCGGGCAUCCUGCGUCCGGGGAGCCGCUCUGGCCAGGCCCUGGGGGUACAGUGGGCGAUAAACCAAUGCCUACACUCCCCCUUCCGGGGCAAACUUUCCCUGGUACACCUCAGUCCCAGAAAACCCUUCUUCCUCUCCCUAACCAUCUCCUCCCAACCACCAUCUACAUCUGGAAGAUAAAAAUAAACACUCAUAUGGCAGCUUUAA